UUUAGGCAAUACCGAAAUACUGUCACAAUUUGUUUCUAUGGAUGAAUGCCAAAGUUUUGGUGCUUUUGAGUUGAGUUCCGCAGUGGGAAGAGCUGCCAUGGCAGACGCUGAUGAAAGAGCAAGGUGGUGGGAAUCUUGACUACAGACAGAAAAACGGAGCAUUUUCCUCGAUCGUAGUAAAUAGAGGAAAAGGUUUAUGCCAAGUUGGGGUUUUGUGUAAGGCUCUGUUACGGUUUUUCUAGGGUUUAAGGUGAAGGAAUAUCAUCGGAAGCGAAGGUGGUCGCUAGAGGGACGCAGAUUAACAUGCAAGCAUCCUUAGAAUUAUCUGCGGCGACCUUGAUGAAGAAACGUGGGAGGAAACCUAGUUCUCGGUCGCCGCCGCCUCUUAAUACAUGCCCGUUAUCAUUCUUCAAGGUUCUGUUAGGGGAUUUCAAAGAUGUUUUGUUUAUUCCACCCAUGGCGGCUUGCACUUUGAAAGGAUUGGCUAAGAAGUAUGUCUAUAUUGAAGAUGCUUUUGGAAAGUAUUGGAAUGUUAAGAUGUCAAUGGUAGAUGGUUCAUUGGCUUUUCAAAAUGGAUGGUGUGAUUUUGUCUCAGAUCAUUGUAUAACAGUGGGGGAGUUUGUUUUGUUUACUUACACUGGUGGAUUGAUAUUUGCUGCACGAAUAUUUGGGACUAACGCCUUGGAGAGAGUGAACUUUAAAGUGAAAAGAAGAAGAGGCAUCGCAAAAGAAAGAUGCAUUACUGAAUUAAAACCUGGUAAUGUUAGAACCUCUAAAAGGAAAAAAACUGCUCAACCUUCAGAAGAGCAACAUAGCCCAUUCGGCACUGAAGUUCAGAGAAGUUUAAAGCGGAAACAAAAAGCUGUUAAGUGUGAUUUCCCUAAGGUUCAUGUAAUUGAAAGUGAUUCUAUCUCUGAAGGAGUUCUAGAACUUUCAAGUGCAGGUGAGAAACCUCUUUAUGAUUCAAACUCCAAAGAAUCAGAGAAUGCACUUCUUGAUUCUGAACAAACAUGGCAUAAAAAUAGCGAUGCUACAGUUGGGGAACUAAACAUAAAAUCUCCUUCUGAUCUUGCAAAUUCGGACUUAGAGAACAUUGAAGCAGUUUCAAGCAAAAGCAUCAUAAACAGGAUGAGCACAUCAGAGAACGGAGCUGCUUUUCGAGAUAUUGGUGGAGUUCUGCCAUCGAAACAGACAGCCGAAGAACCCGAUGCCAUGACUAAAACUUCUACCUGGGCUGUUAAAGGUCAUUCUGAUAAUAAAGAGUGGUCAGCUGAAAUUAGUGGUUCGCAAGUGCAGAUGAACAAAGAGGAUGAUGAUAUCAGAAACAAUGGAAAGACAGAACAAGGCCUUUCACAUGACCUUGAAAUGCUGGACAGGGAGCCACCUGAUAUGAAAAUGGCUUCUCUAUCUAAUCUCAAACAUGCAGAAUGCAGUCCUAAAAUGGAGUUUAAUCUGAUUAAACCUGAGGUAAUUUCUGAGAUAGAUAGUGGUUCGCAAGUGCAGAUGAAGAAAGAGCAUGAUGCUAUCAUAAACAAUGGAAAGACAGAGCAAGGCCUUUCACAUGACCUUGAAAUGCUGGACAGUGAGUCAAAUUAUAUGAAAAUUGCUUCUCUAUCUAAUCUCGAACAUGCGGAAUGCAGUCCUAAAAUGGAGUUGAAUCUGAUUAAACCUGAGGAAAUUUCUGAGAUGGUUUUUCUCUCAGCCGAUGCAAUAUGCCACCCUACUCUUGAUGAAAAAUUAAUAGAACUUGCAACUGGAGCUAGCUUCAAUGCAAAUGAACUGGAAGAACCUUUAUGCGGAAAUUUUCAUGGGAGCUUUGACUUAGAAACUAGUGUACCAUGUCAAAAUAUCUCAGCGGUUUCCUCCAACCCCAUAUUAAACCACACCAUUGAUAAGAUGGAAAAUUUGAUGAUAAUCAGUGAAGAAUAUGGAGUUUCUCAGACCACAGGAAGUUCUACAAUAGCUGAAAGUGGGCUUCAGAGCUGUAACAAAGUUCAUGAGUGCAAAUACAAAAGUUAUCCUGAAAUUGUUAAAGGAAGUGAUUGUCAAUCUGGCAUUGCUGAUGACACCUUUUUUGAUGAGGAUGAAAAGAAUGUUACUCCUUGUUCCAGUCGGAGAUGUAAAGUCAAAAUUGAUAGAUCAGAGUCAGUUGACAUUCCAUCAUCCAGUUGUGUUGGUUUCAGUAUUUGCUUAUCUGAUGAUGUUCAGUCCUCACUUCAGGAAUUACAAAAAAAAUUGGCUUGCCAGCUAGGCAAAUUCAAACAUGAAAGGAAAAUCAUCGUGCUUCAGGAUCCAUCCUUGAGGUGCUGGCCAGUUUUGUAUCACCAGAGCAACAAAUAUAUAGGCUUCAUUGGUGGUUGGGUGGAUUUUGCCAAGGGAAAUAACAUUUGUGGAGGAGAUAUCUGCGAGUUUGAACUUAUUAACAAGAUGGAACUUAAAUUUAGAGUGCAUAUCACGAAAGCAGAAAGAUCCAAUCUUUGCUGAAAAAGUAGAAUAAACUUGAUCAGAUUUCAUGACGCAUCUUCUACUUAUCAGAAACAGCUUAGAUGGUACACUCUCAACACCCCCAUAUUGCCCAGCAUAGUAAUGUUGUCAAGCAGAUUAUAAUCUGUGUUUCUUUACCAUGCACAUUUAAGUUGUUAGGUUUCUGAAUGCAAUUUUUACAUUUUAAGUGAUAGCUUUUGGUAAGCUAAUGUGAAGUUCAGAUGUUCCAGUUUAUUAUUUUUUCUAAUAGAGUGCUUAUUAGUUGUACUAAUGGAUGCUCUGUUGUUGAUUUUAGCCUUGAGAUUGCUUGUUCUGAA